UCCACCGCCUUGUUUGUUCUGCAGAGUCGAGGGAGAAGACGCCGAGUUCCUCCCGCCCGGCCGAGAGCCACCAGCGCCGGAUCCCUUCGGAUUUCUCUGGUCGGAACCCGGAUACCCAUUCAGCUGGUAGCAAGAGGCCCGAAAAUGGCCAUUCCGACCGCAGUAAUCGCAAAACGGGCGGCUUCGAGGUUUGUGUUCUCCUCUGCUGAAAUUGCUGAAAUUAGGGUUAGGGUUUGAUCCCCCGCCGAAAUCAGGACUGAUUUUUGCUGCAAAACCGAGCGAUUCAGAAAUUGUUUCUCUGCCGUGUGUGAUUAAUCGUUGUGCCUCGUCGUUUGCUGCAAUCGAAUGUGCCCUGUUCGCAUUUGGCAGUGGCUCCAUGCUCAAAAUUUGCGAACGGAUGGUCUGGAACUCGGGAUUGAGUCCUAUUAGGAACUGAUGCAAUGUAUAUGUCUAUGGUUGUGAUUUACUGAGAACCUCAACUUCAUCUCCUAUCAUUGAGCAUCAGCUUUUACUUAAGAAAAAUCAAAUGGCUUCAUGUUUUAAUGGACAAUCUUCAAAGAGUGAGCAUAUUAGUAAGGAGAACAUGAUCUCAGCUGCAGAAAGCACUCGUCAAGCCCAUGGGAGUCCAAUAAGGCAUGAGGAAGAUGAAGAUGAGGAUGAGGAUAUUGAUUUUAAUCCUUUCCUAAAGGAAACUCUUUCGAAUGAAACUUCGUCAAGUUUGAGCUCAGAAGUUGAAGGGCCAGAGGAUGCUGAUUGUAAUGUGAUGAAGCCUUUCCAUACAGGAGUAGCAAAUUCAUCUCACUUGACGGAUGAACUUCAGAGCUGUACUCUUGCAGAUUCUAAGCAUACAGGGGAGGAACUUCCGCUUUGUACCACAGUUUCUCAAGAAGAACCAUGUGAAGAAGAACUACAACAGAGAGUGCCAGAGGCUUCAUGUCAAACUGAAAAUGCAAUUUUCCAGGAAGAAGAUCAUGCAACAAAGGGAGGUGAUUUUGAUGGUAUUUUUGAAAAUGAGGCAGCACAUGGUGAGAAGUACGGAGUGCUUUCAGAUGAUGAUGAGGAUGCCAUUUGCAAGCGUACUAGAGCCCGUUAUUCUCUUGUGAGUUUCACUCUCGAUGAGCUUGAGAGUUUUCUGCAGGAAACUGAUGACGAUGAAGAUCUGCAAAAUUUUGAUGAUGAAGAGGAGUACAAAAAAUUUCUCGCGGCUGUUUUACUGGGUGGAGAUGAUGAUGGACCAGCAACCCCAGAAAAUGGGAAUAUUGAUGAUGAAGACGAAGAUAACGAUGCAGACUUUGAGAUUGAAUUGGAAGAAGCACUUGAUAGUGAUAUUGACGAUAGACAAACAGAUAAAACCCAAAAUUUGCCCAAUGAUAGAUCUCGAAGGAGGCCUGAGACAAGGCAGAACAGACGCCGAAGCAUCUCUUCAGGGAACAAAAAUAAGUUACUGGAGCAGGCAAAAAGACCUUUACGUCCCCUUUUACCUUUAUUACCAGUUGGACAAAAUACAUCUACGCCAGCAGCUAAUGGAAGAUCGUUAACCGCUGAUGUUACUCCAGGCUGUUCAGUGUUUGCAGCAGAUAGUGGCUACAUUAGUGGAUUCACUCCUUACCAAAUCGGGCAGUUAUAUUGCCUGAUUCAUGAACAUGUGCAGCUUCUAAUUCAGAUAUAUUCUCUUUGUAUUCUUGACCCUUCUAAGCAACAAAUUGCCUCCCAGGUUCAGGAAUUGAUCCUUGAGAUCGUUGACAAACGUGAUCAGGUUUUAGCACGGAGGAAUGUACCAUACCCUGCCGAUCUUUUUCGAGCUCCAUACCUUAUGUCAUCAGUAUCAGAUGGAUCUCGCAGAUUACACCAGGAACAAUUUGUUAUGGAACCCUUUGCCAUGAAUAAUGCAGAAGGAGUGAACUCUGCUUCAGAUCGUAUGGAAGCAACUGGAGAUGUUUGCCCUUCUAAUCAACAUCCUGAAAAUAUUUGUGCUAGUCGGGCGGGUUCUUCUCAAAUGUUUCAAGGUCUCCUCUCGGUACCUAUAAUAGAUGGUCCAGUAUUAUCCAUUUUGGAUGUGGCGCCACUCAAUUUAGUUAAGAACUUUAUGGAUGAUAUGUCCAUCGCUGUUCGGGAACAUCGGCGGCGACGUGUCGAAUCCAGCUAUGAUAUUCGUGCUGAGAGGGAGCCUUUAUUCUUGCUUCCAAAUUUUUUAUCUGCUGCUCAAGUUAAUGGGGAUGGCGUGAGAGGAGAGCUCCCUGCAGACGUCAAUAAAGGGCCGUCUUCCUCCAGUCAACCAUAUAAGAAGUCAUUGGCAGCAGCACUGGUCGAAACUACAAAGAAGCAAUCAGUUGCUUUGGUUCCAAAGGAAGUUGCUAAGUUAGCCCAGAAGUUCUUCCCACUUUUUAAUCAAGCAUUAUUUCCUCAUAAACCGCCCCCGGCUUCUGUCACAAAUCGGGUGCUAUUUACUGAUGCUGAGGAUGAAUUACUGGCUCUGGGAAUGAUGGAAUAUAACACAGAUUGGAAGGCUAUCCAGGAACGCUUUCUUCCUUGCAAAUCUAAGCAUCAGAUUUUCGUUAGACAGAAAAAUCGGUGCUCAUCUAAAGCUCCAGAGAAUCCAAUUAAGGCAGUUCGGAGGAUGAAAACAUCUCCAUUGACUACAGAAGAGAUGAAAUAUAUACAGGAGGGACUCAAAUUUUACAAACUUGACUGGAUGUCUGUAUGGAGGUUUAUAGUUCCGCAUAGAGACCCAUCUUUGUUACCUCGUCAGUGGCGCACUGCUUUGGGAACCCAGAAGUCGUACAAGCAGAAUGCAUUGAGAAAAGAGAAGAGACGCAUGUAUGAAGCAGAACGAAGAAGGCGAAAAGCUGCAGAUCUGGGGAGUUGGCCGCAUGGAUCAGAGAAGGAGGAUUUUCGGGCUGAAGCUGGUGGUGGUGGCGACAACAGCAGUGGAGAUGAUUGCGUUGAUGACCCAGAAGAAGCUUAUGUCCACGAGGCGUUUUUAGCUGACUGGAGACCAGGCAUAUCAGGUCCUAUGCCCAAUCAGCCUCAAAGAACUCAAAUCACAGAGCCGCUCAACAAUCAGAUGGCUGUGGAGGGACAGUACCAUGUAGGAAACAUCCCUCAGUAUAUUACUCAGUCCAAUCAUCUACAGCAUCCUUUUCCUGCAUCUCUGUUCUCAAUGAAUCAACCUGAUCAAACAAAUCCAAGGAUAGAGACCGAACGUUUAGUGAAAUUAGCACCAAAUUUGCCCCCAGUCAAUCUUCCUCGAAAUGUUCGUGUUCUUUCUCAGUCAGCAUACAGAACACAUCAACAUGUUGUCAAGGUAGGACCCAUUUGUGAAACCAGAGCUGCUUAUGUUCCAGAUUUACAUCAAGAAGACUCAAGAGUUGUCAUGGAGAGAAGUGCUGGUGUUGGCGAGGAGAGAUUCAACAGUACGGAACUUCAGAUGCAUCCUCUACUGUUCCAAGUCCCCGUUGAUGGGCGUCUGCCUUAUUACCCAUCAAAUUACACUACCAGUCCUUCAGGUUCCUUCAGUUUCUUUCCAGGAAAGCAGCCUCAGUUAAACCUUAGCCUUUUCCGGAGCCCUAAUCCGAUGAUUCACGGUCCUAAUAGUCUCACAAGAUCUGUUACUCAGGAUGUCAAUUCUACAUUAUCUGGGAUUGAAUUUCAUCCACUCCUUCAGAGAACUGAUGAUGGGGAGAGGAACUUGCAAUCAUCUGUUCGUUGUGAUAACAACCGUGGCCAAUUAGCCUCUGGUGCCUGUCCCCAAAGUCCUCUUGAUAAAGCUAAUGAGCUCGAUUUGGAGAUCCACCUGAGUUCUACAUCAAGAAAAAAUAAGGAUUUAGAAAGUAGGGAUAAAGAAAACUUAGGAGUUACAUUUGUUGCCGAUGAAAAUAGCGAUCCUUCAUGCCAACCUCUUGAGAAUCUGCCUUCAGCUGGGGCUUUGAUCGAAAGAGGAUCUCAAGAACUGCUUAAUGACUUUGAUCAGAGCUAUGAGGACGCUGUAGAUGAUCAAUCUCAUCCUGAGAUUGUCAUGGAACAGGAAGAGUUGAGUGACUCUGAAGAAGAAUUUGAGGAGCAGGUUGAGUUCGAGUGCGAAGAGAUGGCCGAUUCUGAAGAAGAGGAUAUGUCGGGCACAGAGCUUGUUUCUGAAGCCAGUAAUAAGGGUGACCCAAAUCUUCCAGUGGAGAAGGUUCAUAUUCAGCCACAGGAUGUCAAAGAUCAAACAGUCCAUAAACAUUGUGGAUCCGACACCUCUGCUGCCGGAAACAGCAGUAAUCAUCCUUCCUUCAACUUGGGCCGCACGCCCAAUCCAAAGGAUAAGAAGUCAAGCAAAUCGUGGCUUAGUUUGGUUUCAUCCCAUGGUGAAGAUCCUGCUGUUAAAAAGUCCUCAUCCUCGCGUCCUAACAGAUCUUGUAGGAAGACAAAAGAACCAGCUAAAACCGAGACCGAUUCUCUGACGAUGCCUCCGAUUAGGAGACCUCGAAAGCGGCCUUGCAAGAACAGCUAGGAUUGAAAACCAGGAUUGCAUGUAGAUAGUGGGAACCACUGGUAAUUGGGAGAGGAUGAAUUGAUUGAGGUCAAGCUUGUAAAGUAGUGGAGAGAUGUUUAGCUACUUAGUUUCGAGACAGUAUAUAGUUUUAACUCUAAACAUACCCCAUGAAACUGCAAUUCGGGAAUUUUGGGUCGUGUAUAUAUGUGAACACUAGUUAGCGCUCCUGAGAAGAUAUAUUUUCCAUGUGAAUAUGAUUGUAGAUCCAAGAAAUGAAGUAUGAACUUCUGAUAAAUGUUAUACAAAGCCUCUUUAUACA